CUGUCGCCGAAAGAAAUUGCUCAAAAAUUGUGUAAAUUAACAAUAAUACAUUGAAAAAAACGCCACCUGGCAGGACGACAAUCAUUAUGGGUUCACCAACGAGGAUUUUCCUGCUCUUGAGUCUCUCUUUUUGCAUAAGUACACGUGGCGACGAGCACAACCACAAGUACAAUGACAGGGAGGAGGUGGUGCUGUGGAUGAACACCGUCGGCCCUUAUCACAACCGGCAGGAGACGUAUGCCUACUUCUCGCUGCCCUUCUGCAGUGGUUCCAAGUCAGAUAUAUCCCACUAUCAUGAGACUUUAAGUGAAGCGCUGCAGGGCGUUGAGUUGGAGUUUAGCGGCUAUGAAAUGGAUUUUAAGAGCGACGUUCCACGCACUGUCAUUUGCAUGGUCGAGCUGUCGGAGAAGAAUGCCAAAGCGUUUACCUAUGCGGUAAAGAACGAGUACUGGUAUCAGAUGUAUAUCGACGGCCUGCCCAUUUGGGGCAAGGUUGGUGAGCGGGACGAGACUGAUGGCAAGUACUACAUAUUUACGCACAAAAAGUUCGACAUUGGCUAUAAUGGCCAACAAAUUGUCGAUAUCAGCUUGACGAACGAUGUGCGGGAGGAGUUGAAAACGGAUGCCAAAAUAAAGUUCUCCUAUGAAGUGAACUGGAAGCCCAGCAAAGUGGAGUUUAAGAAUCGGUUUGACAAGUACCUCGAUCCCAACUUUUUCCAACACAGAAUCCAUUGGUUUAGCAUUUUCAACAGCUUCAUGAUGGUCAUAUUCCUUGUGGGUCUGGUGUCUAUGAUUUUGAUGCGCACGCUGCGCAAGGAUUAUGCACGUUACAGCAAGGAUGAGGAAGUGGAUGAUAUGGAACGUGAUUUGGGCGAUGAGUAUGGCUGGAAACAGGUGCAUGGUGAUGUGUUCCGCUCGCCUCCUAGUGCGCUUAUUUUCUCGGCACUCAUCGGCGCCGGCUAUCAGCUGAUCUCAGUGGUUUUCUGCGUCAUCAUGUUUGCCAUUGUGGGAGAACUUUACACCGAGCGCGGAUCAUUACUCUCCACAGCCAUAUUUGUAUAUGCGGCGACGUCGCCCAUAAACGGCUACUUUGGUGGAUCGCUGUACGCACGUCUCGGCGGACGUAUGUGGAUACGUCAAAUGCUCGUAUCUGCCUUCACAGUGCCUGUGGCAGUCUGCGGGACAGCGUUCUUCAUCAAUUUUAUUGCGAUUGGCUACCAUGCGUCACGUGCAAUACCAUUUGGAACCAUGGUGGCUGUCACCUGCAUUUGUCUGUUCGUUAUCUUGCCCCUGACCCUGGUGGGAACUGUGGUGGGGCGCAAUUUGGAUGGUCAGCCGGACUUCCCAUGCCGCGUUAACGCUGUUCCGAGGCCGAUACCAGAGAAGAAAUGGUACAUGGAGCCGAUAAUCAUUGUGCUGCUCGGUGGCGUACUGCCCUUUGGUUCAAUAUUCAUUGAAAUGUACUUCAUCUUCACUUCCUUCUGGGCGUAUAAAAUCUAUUAUGUUUAUGGCUUUAUGCUACUUGUGUUCACCAUACUCACUAUCGUAACUGUUUGUGUCACAAUUGUGUGCACGUAUUUUUUGCUGAAUGCCGAGGAUUAUCGGUGGCAGUGGACGAGCUUCAUGGCCGCAGGCUCUACGUCCAUUUAUGUCUACGCAUAUUCAUUUUACUAUUUCUUCUUUAAAACAAAAAUGUUUGGCCUGUUCCAAACAGCAUUUUAUUUCGGCUACAUGGCUCUGUUCAGUGGCGCUUUGGGCAUCAUCUGCGGAACGGUCGGCUAUGUGGGCACAAAUCUCUUUGUGCGCAAAAUAUAUUCCAAUGUGAAAAUAGAUUAAGCAGACGCGCCUGUAUAUCAAUAACGACUUACAAUUUAUUUAUUGUUUAGUGAUUUAGUUACCAAUGUGUGUGUUUUUUCUCCCACUCUCAACUUUUUCUCAUAUCGGUGUGAAUAAAAUGGAUGCGCUUGUGCCCCCCAGUCAGUCUGACGCUGCACUUGCCCCAUUCCAAACCACGCCCACUUUCCAAUACCAUUGAAAACUUAAUCUGUAUAUGUACAUAUAUAUAAACAUAUAUCGCAUAUGCACGCCUUCUCAUGUGUGUGUGCACGAAGUACUGGAUGCUUAGAAAUUUGUCAAAUUAUGCAAUUGAGAACAUGUAUGUAUGACUUGCUUAUGCCAAUUAAGCUUAUGUACGAUGCAGCGGUGCAGUUAUGACAUGUAUUUGCUGAUUAGCAAUAGUGGAUAAUAUUAAAAUAAAGUCAGGACAUGAAACUAUUUA